UGUCAUUUUGUAAACAAAAACAAUAAUAUUAUUGUUUAUUAAAUUUAUUCAAAAGAAAUUAAGAAAAAAUGUUAUCAGUUCAAUACAAAUGUUCAGAAAAAUAUACAAAUUUAUUAAAUUACAAUGUAAACAAUUGUUAUAGUUAGUUCUUUUAACAAAAAUCUUAAUCCAGUAUAUGAGAAUAAUGAUGUUGGUUACACAAAAUUUGCCACUUAAUUUAAUUAAUAAAAUAUUAAAAUGAUCACACAAUUGAUUAAGGUCUACCUAAUUUUUAUAUGAAAUACUAUCUGUCACCCCGCGCCGCAUGUUUUGUAGACUCUACUGUUUAGUAGUAUGUAUACUCUUCAUUAGAACGUUUAGAAUAGACAGACAGUUCUGAUACUGAUACGGUUAGCGAUAGUUGUCGUACACUCAAGUGAUAAUGAAUUUGUUAAAGCUCUUCUACUUCUACUUUGCCACAAUAUGUGUUCUGUUAAUGCAAGUGGAAACAAAACGUAUUCUGGGAAUAUUUCCACAUUUUGGUUACAGUCACUUCAAAGUCUUCUAUCCCUUAUUGCAUAAUUUGUCGGAGAGAGGCCAUAAUAUUACUGUGAUUACCUAUAUAAAAGCUACCACUCUGCCCAAGGGAAAUUAUGAGGAAUUAUUACUGAAAGGCAUGGAAGUGGUCAAUGUGGUGCCUUUGGAUGAGAUGAAAGAGAGAACCUGGAAAGGUUUAUUUGAUGAAUACAUUGCUUUACAUGAUGAGGGUCAAGAGUCAUGUAAACGUCUCUAUGAAAGUGGACACAUUGAGGAAGUUUUAAAGCGUCAUAAGCAACAGCCUUAUGAUCUAGUUAUUACCGAAUAUUUCAAUUCAGAUUGUCAAUUAGCAUUGCCUUAUUUAAUGAAAACUCCGGUGGUGGCCUUAAGCAGUUGUUUGCUAAUGCCCUGGUACUAUGAUCGUAUACUAAUGCCAGAUACACCUUCAUAUGUGCAAUCAGAAUUUGUGGGUUUUCGUACUCCGCUUAACUUUCAUGAACGUUUAAUGAAUUUUGUACAAGCAAAAGCCUUAUCUAUACUCUAUCGUUAUUAUACCAAUUACCUCGAUAACAAAUUGAUUAAACAUUAUCUAAAUAUUGAUGUAGACGUAGCACAGAUUGCUAAACAAAAUACCCGUUUAAUAUUUGGAAAUCAACAUUAUUCCUUGAUGGGUAUUAGACCUUUUACACAACAAUUUGUGGAAAUCGGUGGCAUACACAUUAAAGAAGAGGAAAUUAAUAAAGUUUUACCCAAGGAAGUGGAUUUGUUUUUAGAAAAUUCUAAAGAAGAUGUUCUUUUUAUAAGUUGGGGUUCUAUGAUUAAGGGUUCAACUUUGGAUGCUGAUAAAUUGCAGGCAAUUUUAAAUGUUUUAACAAAACUCGAUAUAAAAGUUAUAUGGAAAUGGGAGUCGGAUGAAAUUCCUAUUAAAAGUGAUAAAUUUUUAUUUAUAAAAUGGGCUCCUCAACUAUCGUUGAUAUGUCAUCCAAAAGUCACGCUAUUCUGGGGUCAUGGUGGUCUUUUAAGUACCACUGAGGCUGUGUAUUGCGGCAAGCCGAUGCUUAUAACUCCAAUCUACGGUGAUCAAUUUGUUAAUGGUUUUGCUGUGGAAAAUAGAAAAAUCGGACGCAUUAUUAACUUUAAUGACAUUAAAGAGAAAACCCUUAACGAACAACUAACACAACUACGACAUGCCAAUUAUUCAACUAAAGCUUCGGAAAUAUCUCAAGUGUUUCGACAACGUGAAUCACAACCUCUUGACACAGCCACCUGGUGGGUAGAACAUUUAUUAGAACACAAAGUGAGUGAAGAGGUUUUACACUCAUAUGCUGUUGAUUUAAAUUGGUUUGUUUACUAUUCAUUGGAUGUGAUUACUUUAUUAUUAGCAAUUUUAUUUGUAUUUAUUUUUAUAACAAAAAGUUUAUUGCGUUUAAUUUUGUGUAGACGUGUUAAUGUAAAAUAUGAUAAAGUUAAACAAAAUUAGAUUAUUUACAACAUUUUAUUAUUUACAAUUUAUUAGUGAAACAUGACAUUGCAACUACUGUUUGUGCCUUAAAAGUAAUUUGUAAAGAUUUUAUAAGUAUGUACAAUGUUAUUUUAUUUUAGAAAAAUUUUACAUAUUAAUGUAUAAUACUCAGGUAAAUGUAAUUUUUAAUAAAAUUGUAAUAAAAUUAUUAUUAUUAAC